AUGCAAGUAAGAGUGUUAUUGCAAUCUUUAUAUAAAAUUGUUGGCAAAAAAUGGAUUACAUGGAAUACUUUCGAUUCUCGAUCAACAGAUCCAUUGAUUAUUCGUCGUGAAAUCUUAUCAACUCGUCUAUAUAUUAUUCUUGUUCUUAUUUCCCUUAUCAUUUUAACAACAUACGCUUCACUUAGUCAACAAACUGAGACUAAAACUGUAUUAUUUCCAAAACAAUCUGUUUAUAAAAAUCUUCUAAAACAGUAUAGCAAUAGUUUACAAUGUACAUGUACGAAAUGUUCAAUUCCUUAUGAAAAAUUUGUUAAAACAAUUCCAUCAUUUCAUCAAGUGUGUUCAAGUGAUUUUAUUUCUCAAGAAUGGAUUGAUUUUAUAUUUAAAGCAGAUUCAACAGUAAUUUGGCCAAUAGAUGUUCGAACAAGUCUAAGUUCCAUGUGGCAAUUAAUUAGAAUCUUUUGUCAAAAUACAAAAACUACAGUUCUAAAUGCACUUAAUCAAUUUAAUAAUUCUUAUUUAAUUACUUCAAUGUUACUAAGUGAAGAAUUCUUAGAAGCAAAAGUUGUAGCUACUUUGAAUUUAUUACUUCGAACAAUAUCAUCGAAUUUUAUACAAUCGAGAACAAUCAUUCAAAGAAUAACUCAAGCGAAUGAAUUAAUAACAGGAUUAUUAACAAAUUAUAUUGUUGUAACAGAUAAAUUUGGUUUAUCACAAUCAUCUAAACCUAUUUUUGUUUCAUCUGAAAUAAACAUAUCUAGUCAUAUUGGGAUCAUUGGAAACAAAUAUAUAUCAAAAAAUUCCACAAUACCCUGUUCUUGUAAAAAUAACGGUUCAUGUCCUUUACCUGGUAAUCUUUAUCUAUAUAAUAUUUCGGAAAAAUUUGGAAUUUAUGAUAUGAAUAAAAUUGAAAUAAAUGAAAGUGUAUCUGGUAUAAUAAUUGAUUGUUUACCAGUUCAAAUGACAUUGUCAUCAACAUUAGAAUGUUUUUAUAAUGAAUUAUGUUUAAAUAUUCUUCUUUUAUCUUAUUCAACUAAAAUUAAUAUUUCAAUUCUUAAUCAAUCAUUAAUAACUCGUUUUAAUCCGCAAACAAAAAUUGAAUACCUUAUUAAUGAACUUUUCAUUGAAAAUAUAUUUAAUCAAACAAAUUAUACUCAAUAUUAUUCAGAAUGUUUACCAAAUAGUUGUCAUUACACUUAUUUAAAUCGUUUUAAUUGGAUUUACAUUUUAACUAUAUUUAUUAGUCUUUUUGGAGGUAUAACAGCAAUAUUACGUAUAAUUUCUCCAUUGAUUAUUCAAUUGUUUUUCUUUUUAAAAGAACGAUUUUGUUUAAAACAAACACAAGAAAUGAAUCAAUCUCAAGAUGAAACAAAUCAAAAUCGUUUCAUACAUUUUUUUCGCAAAAUAGAAACUAAAAUAAUGAAUUUUAAUUUAUAUAUUAAACAUUCUCGUAAUCCUAUCCGUAUUUAUCAUAGUGUUUUAGCAACGCGAUUAUAUAUUAUUUCAAUGUUUAUUUCAUUAUGUAUUAUUAUUUUAUCAGCAAAUUUUGUAAAUCAAACAAUCAAUAAACAUAUUUCGAGUCCAUCUAUAAAAGAAUAUGAAAUGUUAGAAAAGCAAUAUUCAUCAACGUUAAUAUGCCCAUGUACUCAAAUAUCUAUACCAUAUGAAGAUUUUCUUAAAAUUCAAGUCAAAUAUCAUCAAAUAUGUUCAAGUGAUUUUAUUCAAUCAUGGUGGUAUCAAAGUUUUCCUCCAAGAAAUAGUUCGGAUGUAACACUUAAUUUUUUAUCAAUAGCCUCAUCAUAUUUUCAAACAUUAUCAACAUUUUGUAAUAUUAUAAAUAUAACAAUAAAUGAUGCAAUUCAAAAAUUUUUAGCAAGAAAUUUUAUUAAUUCUCAACUCUUGUCAAAUAAUUCAUUUAUUUUACAAGUUAAUUCAUUAAAUAAUACAUUUUAUACAUUAACACGAACUGACUUUCUUUAUAGAAUGUCUUUAACUAAUAUAUUACUUCAUAGUAAUCAAUAUUUAAGUAAUAUGCAAAUGAAUACUUAUCUUCAUUUAAUAUUGGGUUUAAAUAAUUAUGACAAACUAAUAUCUCUAGAUAUUGAAGUGGGUCCUCGGUUUGGUUUAAAUGAAAAUAACGUCGAAUGUAAUUGUAUUCUUGAUUCAACAUGUAGUUUUGAUUACGGAAUAAGUGACGAUAAACAAAUAUUCCAGAUUCAUUGGCAACUUGAAGGAAUACAUGGUGGUUGUUCUAUUGUUGAUUCUGUAUUAAAAUCAUCAAUGACAUGUUGGUUUAAAGAGACUUGUUUAAAUCAACUACGAGAGAUUUUCUAUACAAUUGGUGUUACAAUACCUUUCUCUGUAACUCCACUUAAUUCAACGUUAUUUAGUCGAUAUUCUCCAUCGACAUCAGUUGAAACAAUUUUUAAUGAAAUGAUGAUUGAAGAAUGGAAUUUUUCUUAUUCAUUUGACGAAUUUUAUCAUAAAUGUAAACCAUCAUUUUUUUCAUUUACUUAUGAAAAAGAAAUUAACAUUGUUUAUAUUAUCACAACUAUUGUUAGUCUUAUUGGUGGAAUUAAUACUAUUCUGAAAUUUAUUGCUCCACUUACUAUUAAGGUUAUGUCCAAACUGAUUGCUUUAUUAACACAUAUAAGAUCAUCACAAUUUUCAUUUAUACAACGAAGAAAUCAUCAGAAUGGUGGAAUUUAUAAUAUUAUUGUAAAUUCAAUUAAUCGAUUAAAAGAUGGAUUAUUAAUGCUAAAUUUAUUUGACAGUGAAUCAAGUGAUGCUGAUACAAAUUAUCGUGAACGAAUCACAACAAGAUUUUAUUUAAUAUUUUAUUUAAUAUCUAUUUUUAUUAUAAUCUUUUAUACGAUUGCUUUAAAUAUAAUUGUAUAUGAAUCUAUUUCGAAUCCUACCGAAAAUGAAUAUAAUAACCUAAUGAUGUUUUAUUCCAAAUCACUUUAUUGUCCUUGUAGAAAAAUAUCAAUUGAAUAUACAUCUUUUCUUAAGAUAGAAACAAAAUUUCAUUCAAUAUGUUCAAGUGAUUUUAUUAGCAAAAAAUGGCUUAAGUAUUUAUUUCUUGAUAAACAGUGGAUUGGUUAUGAUCGACGGGAUAUUCGUGUACGUGGUUCUGCCUAUUUUUCAUUUCUUUUAUCGUUAUGUAAAAUAUCUGAAAUAACAAUAGAUAAUUCUAUUAAUCAAUUUCUUAAUGAUAUAUUUAUUAAUACUCAAUUGAUAACGAAAUCUGAACUUGAAAUUCAAAUUGAUUUGGUUAUUUUACAAUUUCGAAAUAUUACUCUAGAAAAAUUCUCUGAAAGUUUCAAACUUUUACGUGAUAUCGUCAAUGGUAAUGCUUUUAUAUCAUCAUAUUCUUUAAAUUGGUAUUGGUGGAAAGAUUUAAAAGACACUUUUGUUACAUUUCCUAUUAAAUCAGUCCUAACGAAAGAUCAAUGUUCAUGUGCAACACGAAGUGAUUGUAUUGAUUCAGGUGGAAUUUAUGAUGGUCUUAGUAAUAAACAAAGAUUUGCAAUACCUGGAUGGAAUAUUGGAUGUUCAGUUGUAGAAACAUUAUUAAGUUCAACAUUUGAAUGUUUUUAUUAA